AUGCAAUUUGUGAUCAACAAAUAUUCCCCUCAAACAGCAUCAGCAAUCAGUCAAUUAAGUGAAAAGUCUCUUUCAUUUCAAUUAAUUCAAGGUAAAAAUAAAAUAAAAACAAAAUUUUCUUUAAACGCAUUAAUAACAUAUAUCUGCAGUUUGGGUAAUGAUGAAGCUAUUUUAGUAUUUGUACCUGAUUGGAAUUUAAUUCAAGUAUUACUUAAAUAUUUUCAACAACAUCCAAGAUUUGGUUCAGCUGGAUUUCUAUUUCUUCGAUUAUAUUCUCAAAUUCCAUGUGAAGAACAACAUCGUGUAUUUGAACGUGUACUAUCUGGUGUUAAAAAAAUAAUUUUAUCAACAAAUAUAGCUGAAUCAAGUGUUACAAUAGAUGAUGUUGUUUAUGUUAUUGAUAGUUGUAAUGUUAAACAAAAAUUAUUUUCAUCACAUAAUAAUAUCACGAAUUAUGUUACUGUUUGGCCAUCAAAAACAAAUUUAACACAAAGAUGUGGUCGUACAAGAUCUGUAUUUUGUACACCAUUACAUGAACUUGCAUUAGCCAUUAAACUUUUAAAAUUAGGUGAUAUUAAAGCAUUUUUAUCUAAAGCUAUUAAACAACCACCUAUGGACGCUGUUGAUGAAGCGGAAUUUACUUUGAAACCAAUUGAUGAAAAUGAUGAAUUAACUCCAUUAGGAAAAAUUUUAGCACGUUUACCAAUUGAACCAAAAAUUGGUAAAAUGAUUAUGUUAGGAUGUAUUUUUUGGUAA